UCCAGCUCAGCGCAGGGAAGGGAGGGAGGAGGGGGCUGGGAGUGGCCUGGGUGAAGUCCUUUCAGGCCACCUUCCUGGUGCUUAGAAGAUGCAAAUGAUGGGAACAAUAGGGUCACUAUCCCUAGGCCCUUUGUGGCACAUCCUGGGCUCCCAGGGAGAAGGAGCUCUUCUCAUGCAUCAUGGUGAGAGCUGGACCCAGAGCUUGCCCGAGUGUCGAACCCUAGAGGGUCCUGGGAGGCCAGGGCCCUGGGCAGGGACAGGCCGCACCGAGGGACUGACCACCCCUUCUCCUCCUCCCCUCCCUGGCUCUUUCCAGGACAAGAUCAGCAGAAACAAGCCCCGGUUGGGGCCCCCUGUCCCACCCCCCAGGUGCAAGGAUGCGACAGCUUGGAGAGAAGAUGCCCCCUGCCCAUCUCCUUUGCCAGCCCCAGAGACCUGGCACUACAAGCAUCCCUUCCUGAAGGCCCAGCAGGAGGAUGCAGAAGAGGAUAAGUACGAGCUCCCCCCCUGUGAGGCUCUGCCCCGCAGCCUGGCCCCUGCGUAUCUUCCUGGCACAGAGGAGGACUCCUUGUACCUGGAUCACUCGAGCCCCCUGGGCCCACCAUCUCCUGGGCCUCAGCCCACCAAGGGGAGAGGCAUUCUCACAAGUUCUACCUUCCCCACCCGCCCCACUCCGGGCCACCAUUUCCCACCGCAGCUGCAGCGGAACCCCAUCCCGCCACCACCCUCACCUGCCCCAUUAUGUCCACAGCUGAAGGUACCAAUGCACCCGCGUGUUGUCCCAAAGCAGGGCUCCAUCCCUGGGAGGCCAGAGUGGCGUGCACCCUCUGGAGUGGUGCCAGGCCCUGCAAAGAACCCUGACGAGAACAUCUACCUGCAGUGUGAGCCCGACCCAGGCCCUGCUUUGACUUGGACUCCGAGCUCCCAAGUUCGGAUGCCCCCAGCUCCUCUGCCGAGGACAUCUGUGGUCCCCAGGCCUACUGUAGCUCCCUCGGAAGCUUGGAAUGGAGUGGUGGACAACACCUCUAAUGGUCUUUCGCUUGGAAGUCACCCAAAGCCAAGUGCUGGGUCCUACGGGAAGCUGGACCAGAGCACCGGGAAGCACUCACUGAGUGUCCAGCCACCCCCACCUCGGAAGCUGUCUUCUUUGCCCAACCCCCUCUCGGCCCUGCUGUAUAUUCUGCAUCUUUCAGCAGGAAGGAGGCUGUCUCUUCACACCAAAGCCCCCACCGGGAACACCUCGGCCACCAAGGACAAUGGCCUGCUGGGUCAGCCAUGGUACUCAGGGAUUUGUGAUCGGCAUGCAGUGGAGACAGCCCUGCUCCGCUUCCAAAAGGACGGGGCCUACACAGUGCGACCCAGCUCAGGGCCUCACGGCUCGCAGCCCUUCACCCUGGCUGUGCUCCUGCGAGGCCGGGUCUUCAACAUCCCCAUCCGGCAGCUGGAGGGCGGACGCCACUAUGCCCUGGGUCGGGAGGGCAAGCACCGAGAGGAGCUCUUCUCCUCCGUGUCGGCCAUGAUCCAGCACCACGCCAAGCACCCUCUGCUCCUGGUGGACAGACACGGCGGUGGCCGGGGCCUCACCUGUCUGCUCUUCCCCACUAAGCCCUGAGGCCUCAGUGCCACCACUGUCCUGGAGGACAGCUGCCAGGAAGGACUGCCCAGAGAGAGGGAGACCCCGGCCCCCCGCUGCAGGUUCACACAGUGGCUCACAGCGCCCCUUCUGGCUCCAUCACUGAGGCCAUGGGCCCAAAUGCCAGCAACCCCUCCCACCCAAUGGCAGCACCAAGAAGUUGGCUCCCCGACAGGAAGCCAAGCCUCGGGGUAUGCCACCAGCACUCCGUGCAGCUCUGGGAGCCCUAGUUUGCCCUGCACAUAGUACAAGUUCAAUAAACACUUGCUGAAUGAAUUCUUGAUCUACUGAGGUGGCCUCCACGUGGUUCCGUGGUGCUCCAGGGGCAGACUGGUCAGGCCUAAGGGCCCUGCAGGGGUUAGGCCAGAGCAGAAUGGUAGAGCCCACUCCAGCAGA